AUGGACAUUUCAACGGUUACAGACUUUGCUGUCGUUUUCCUUCAUUGCGCUAGGGAGCCUGCUCGUUUCGGCAACGAUUUCCGCCGUCUCAGCGUUUUAGGAAGUAUCGUCGACGACGAAUCGUUCGGUCGGCGAAUAUCGUUGUCCAUGCACCAGGUAGAAGAGGGACGACGGGACGGCAGCGGCGAAAGCGAAACCUGUUUUGCGGUCGUCGUCACUCGCCAAAAUUUGGAAUUCCAUGGCGUCAUGCGAUUUUACUUCCAAGAAAGCGGCCAGAAGGUGGCCACCAAGUGCAUCCGUGUGUCCAGCACCGCUACCACCCGGGCGGUGAUCGAAGCUCUGAUUGAAAAGUUUCAUCCGGACAUGCGCAUGCUGUCGGGCAGCAGCUACUCGCUUUGGGAGGUUCAUGAGAACGGCGAGGAGCGCAAGUUGCAGCCGGACGAGAAGCCGUUGCUCGUACAACUCAACUGGCACAAAGACGAUCGCGAGGGUCGGUUCCUUCUGAGGCACGACGAUAUGGAACGCUUACCUCUCAAGGCGACCGAGAACAGCGGCCAGAUGAAGCGCAAGUUGUCGGGUAAGAAAAGGCGCGAAUUGAAAAAGCAGGGCAAGGAGAUCCGCCGUUCGAAAGAAGCCGAGGAUUUCAGCCGUAGUUUGUACUCGGAGGUGCCGGCGACCACGUUCACGCGUACGAUUUCGAAUCCGGAGGUGGUGAUGCGAAAACGCCGUGAACGGAAACUGCAGCAGAAGUUGAGGGAGAUCGGCGACGGUACGAUAUUUCGAUGGUUUGCUCAUGUUGAAGGUGCGGCAAAAACAGCAGCUGUUCGACAUAGCGCAUAUCAUAUCCAAUAGAC